AUGAACCGUUUUCCUAGUGUUCAUAAAAAACGACAAAAUGAUGUGGUAAGUUUGAACUUUGAAGAACGAAUUUCAGAGGAAUCGAACCAGGUCCGAAUAUUGGAGAAAUGUCUGGAUCGGACCAAUUUUUUCAAAAAUCAAUACUUUUCGGGAUUAAUUCGGAAAAUUUACAAAAACCGAACUUUGAGACCGAUGCAGAACUUUUUUCAAAAAAAUUUGACCUGGUCCGAAUCCUAUUUGAGAGUCGCAACCCUGGUCAGAUUGAAAAUCUUCCGCUAUUUUUUGGUUUAAAUCAUUUUUCUAGGAACUAUUUCAAUUAAAUACAAUGGUAAUGUUUUGGAUCGGAUUUUUUCCACCACUUUUCGCCGCAUUUUUCGCAAUUCUGGUAGCAAUCAUUUUUCAUCAAGAUAAAAUCACGAAUUAUGUUUGGAUAUGUGGGGUAAGUUUUAUAGAGAAGUUAUACAAUUCCGCAAUUACAAUGACGAAAUAUUUGAGAGACGGUUAGAGAAAAAACAUUUGUCAAUAGGGCGAACAUGCAUUGCCAGCGCCUAAUCACGUCUCGGGGAAAAAGUAGCAAGUUUUUCUUUUUUAAAUUUGUUAAAACAAAGUUGAAACACUCACUUUCCCUCCAGUUUUCCUCGUUUUUGACAAUUAUUCAACUCAAAUUCGCUUCAUCAAAAAAUUCGCUUCAUUUCGAUAUUUCCAUCAUUUUGCUGACGUUUUUCCUGCAAAGUAGAAAUGCGUUAAAUUUAAACAAGAACUCCAAACGAAAGAAAACUUCAAGAAAGUACAUUUUUUUAUAAAAUUACUCUUUGAGCACCAGUUUUAGUAUAAAACUAUCAAAAAUCAACUAAAAUUAUGUUACUUUUACUAGAAAAAUAGAUAAAUAUGAAUUUUACAGCAAGUGUCAUUCAAAUUCAUUAAAAAAAGCAACAAAAAACGUGAAUGAAAAAUUUUCGAAAAAAAAAACAAGAAAAUAAAAGUAGAAAUGGAAGUGCGCCCUAUUGAUAAAAAGUUGCAUGUCGCGCGCUCUUUCAAAAAUUUGUGUGUUUCGUCGUUGCUGUUUUAUUUAUUGUCAUACCAAAAUGGUUCAGGAUUUUCUUUCAGCGAGCCUUACUUCCUUCUUUAUCCCGAAUAAUCAAUCUAACAUUGGAAGGGUUGAUCUGGCAACUUUGUAUAUUUUUCCACAUUCCUUUUCGACUUCUUGAAUUGAGUGUAGGAUGUGAGUUUCAUUGUUUAUCAUUAACAUUUUUAUUACCUACAUAAUAUCAUAUGAGUUUUGCUUUCAAUGGUCACUGAUAACCAAAAUGAGAUGUAGUUCAUAGAACGAAAAAAAUGUGAAAUUUUUGCAGGGGUUCGAUAUGGUCGACUUCAGAAUAUCAAAAAUGAAUGGAAUUUAUGGUAUACAAUGCAUCGACAUUUAUAUUUUAUUAUUGGAGUUGUUGAAUUGAUUUUGAUGACCGGAUUAUCGGCUGUGGGAGAAAAAGAACAUGGAGGUAUAAAAUUUAAAAAUUUUAAAAUUUCCUGGUUCAGCGGAGUGUAGUGUGCAAACACUUUUGCGUACAGUAGGGUUUAUAAUUUUUAUUUUUCACGGCGAGAGAGAGAGAGAGAGAUGCAGAGAAAAAACCAAGCGCGGGAAAAGUUUUCGAAUUCGAAAAAAUUCAAAAAAAAAACAUGUUUCCGGUUGGUCUCGAAACGAGGAGCCGGACCGUGUUUUUGAUUUAUACUAGUGAAAAGCCUUUUUCUUCAGUUGUCCACGUGUGCUUCUUCUACAGUUUCGGAAUAACCGCAAUGCUCUUCUUCAUAUCAAACACGGCGUGUCAUGCGCAAUCCCUCUACUUCCUGAAUCCCUACGGAAAAAUAUCGUACUAUGUGAAGAUUGCAAUAUCUCUCACAUAUUUUCUAUCCGCUCCAGUUAUCGUAACUUUCUAUGCACUUUAUUGGAAAGGUUGUAUGACGUGGGGUAAGUUAUUUGAAAUUGGAAAUUUGAAAAAAAACCUGAUGUGAAAUUCAUUCUAGCCUAUGAAAUGUUUGCCCUCGUUGAGUACAUUGAUGUGUUUCUUGUGAUUUUUUAUCAUGGUUGUUGUGUAUAUUGGGAUAUUCAACAUAAGGUAUUGUUGAAAAUCUCAUCGGUACCACGCGCUCCACCGAAAUAAACACGCAACGCAGACCGCGUCGCGCCACAACACACACAAAAAAGGGAGGGAAUUUGAAUCGUGUUGUGACGCGACGCGGUCUGCGUUGCGUGUUUAUUUCGGUGGAGCGCGUGGUACCGAUGAGAUUUUCGGCUUUCUCUUGGAUUAUAGAUUUAGAAUAACACAUUUUGCUUCCAGGUUGUGUUCAGUGUUCGAUAUAAUAAACCAAUAGCUUCAGAUAAUAUCAAUAAAAUACAAUUAAAAGUUAAUGAUUUUAACGAAUUAAUUAAUUAA